AUGAGUGACCAAAUAUCAUCAUGGAAUAUUGUACACAAGCUGGAGAAAAAGAAGCUCCUGAUUGCGAUCAAUUGUGUUGCUGCUUUGUCAAUCCUCUUCUUUGGUUAUGACCAGGGAAUGAUGGGCGGAGUAAACAACGCCAAGGACUACAUCGAUCUGAUGGGCUUUGGUUACACCGAGAUGAAAGAUGGCCAGCCUACUCCAGUUGUCACAAAUAGUUUGUUACAGGGAGGAAUUGUCUCCGUCUACUAUCUCGGGACGCUCUGCGGAUGCCUCCUUGGUGGAUGGAUCGGAGACUCUAUCGGUAGAAUCAAGACUAUUGCUUCGGGCGCUGUGUGGGCCAUCUUUGGAGCCGCGCUGCAAUGCUCAGCACAGAAUCACAACUGGAUGAUUUGUGCCCGUUUCAUCAACGGCAUUGGCACCGGUAUUCUGAACGCAAUCGUGCCGGUCUGGGCUACAGAGACUGCUGAACACACUUCUCGCGGACAGUUCAUCGCCAUCGAGUUUACCCUCAACAUUUUCGGUGUCGUUCUAGCGUACUGGCUGGAAUUCGGUCUAUCUUUCAUCGAUGGCGGAAAAUCUCCCUUCCGUUGGAGAUUUCCAAUCGCCUUUCAGAUUAUCUUCCUGCUCGUGCUAUUCGCAGCUGUCUGGUUCUUCCCAGAGUCCCCAAGAUGGCUAGUCAAGGUUGGACGGGAGCAGGAAGCGCGCUACAUCCUACAACGCCUCCGUGGCAGCAGUGGCGAUGACGCAGUCCGAGCCGAAGCCGAGUUCCGUGACAUCCAAAGCGUGGCGGAGCUUGAGAAGACGAUAAACCAUAGCAAUUCCUACCUUUCCAUGCUUUUCGGCUACAAGAGCGGGAAGUUGCAUCUGAAACGCCGUGUGCAACUGGUCAUCUGGCUGCAGAUCAUGCAGGAAUGGGUCGGCAUCGCCGGUGUCACAGUUUAUGCCCCGACUAUUUUCAGCAUUGCCGGGUUCGAUUCGAUGAAAAGUCAGUGGAUCAGUGGUCUGAACAACGUUUUCUACAUGUUCGCGACACUUAUCUGUGUCUUCACCCUCGAUCGUAUUGGCCGUAGGUGGACCCUCUACUGGGGAUCCGUCGCCCAAGGAAUCGCCAUGUUUCUUGCUGGAGGCUUCUCCAGGCUCGCCAUCAAUGCUAGGGAGGCCGGAGAUGUGAGCAAAGCAAGCUCAUACGGUGCGGCCGCUGCAUCGAUGAUCUUCAUCUUCACCUCAGUCUUCGGCGCCACAUGGCUCACCGUCCCCUGGAUCUACCCCGCAGAAAUCUUCCCCCUAGCAGUCCGCGCCCGAGGAAACGCCUGGGGCGUGGUAGGAUGGAGUAUCGGAAACGGCUGGCUGACCCUCCUUUGCCCGGUGAUGUUCAGCUCCAUCGGCGAAAAGACCCUGUACAUCUUCGCCAUCAGCAACGUCAUUACAAUCCCCAUGGUCUGGGCUCUCUACCCGGAAAGUAACCAGCGGACACUGGAGGACAUGGACCUGCUUUUCGCGGCUGAGACGCCCUGGGUGUGGGAUGCGGAGCGGACCUUUGCGCGUCUCAAGGCUGAGAACCCUGGGUAUAUUGAUACUGCCGGCCGGAAGAACAGUCUCCUGGAUUCUGAGGCGGGUGCUGGUAAGCCCGCUGCUCAGACUACACAGCAUGAGGAAAAUGUUUCGUCCGAGUAG